GAUUCCAGCGACAGGCGACAAAGGACGGUAGUAGGAGCCUCUGAAGUCUGACUCGGCCAGUGGGAAUUCCACCUGCAUCACAAAGGCGAGGGGCACACCUGAACCAGGGCUGACAGGAAAAGAAACAGGGAAGAUUGACCAAGAAAUUCACAGAUACAACACCCCUGGGUUCACAGGCUGCCUCUCCAGAGUCCAGUUCAACCACAUCGCCCCGCUCAAGGCUGCCUUGAGGCAGACAAACGCCUCCGCCCACGUCCACAUCCAGGGCGAGCUGGUGGAGUCCAACUGCGGAGCCUCCCCACUGACGCUUUCCCCGAUGUCGUCAGCCACUGACCCCUGGCACCUAGAUCACCUGGAUUCAGCCAGUGCUGAUUUUCCAUACAACCCAGGACAAGGCCAAGCUAUAAGAAAUGGAGUCAACAGGAAUUCCGCCAUCAUUGGAGGGGUCAUCGCCGUGGUGAUUUUCACCAUCCUCUGCACCCUGGUCUUCCUCAUCAGGUACAUGUUCCGUCACAAGGGCACCUACCACACCAACGAGGCCAAGGGAGCCGAGUCGGCGGAGAGCGCCGAUGCUGCCAUCAUGAACAACGACCCCAAUUUCACAGAGACCAUUGACGAAAGCAAAAAGGAGUGGCUCAUUUGAGGGGUGGCUGUUGGCCGUGGGUUAGGGAGGGGCGUGACAGGGAGGAGGGGAAGGGACGAGAGCACCCCGCUUUAUACCCGGAGCACAUCCUUACAGAAUCAGCACAGCUGCGGAAGGCAGGCAACAAUAUUCUCGAGACUGAUCACCACAAAACACACACACAAAAAAACUUUUUAAUAUUUCUUUAUAGCUGAGUUCCCCCUUCAGUAUAAUACAAAAUAAUACAAAAAUGCUUUUAGAGUUUAAGCAAUGGUUGAGAUUUGUAGGUAAUAUCUGUCCUAUUUUGUGUGUGCUUAGAGGUGUUCUAAAAACCCCUGGUAACAGGGCAAGUUUUCUACAUUUUUAAGAGCCCUUAGAAGGUGGAUAUUUUUUCUUGAGAAAAACUUGAUGCACAUCCCUAGAUCCUCUGGCAUUCUCUUCCUUUUGCAUAUAAUCAACUUUUUCUGGGCUGUUAUAGCAACUAGUUUGUGUUCAUACAACAUUUCUAUUGGUAUCCUAUAAAUUAGAAAAGAAAAGGGCAAAGAGAACCUAUUUGCCAGUUUUCAGAGACCUCAGCUUAAGCCAGUUUUCUGAGAGUCCCUGCCUGACAGCAGCAGUUGAAGGAAGAGGUAUAUGGCUCCUGUCAUGUAGCCACAAAAUCAGCACAAGCAGAGAGAAUUGGGAAAGAACCAGGGAAAGUAGUGUAUAUCAGAGU